CCUGUACAAAAAUCGGAGUGUACGUGUCUAUAUCCAUGUCUUUUCUGUAGGCUUCCUUGAAAAAUGAAAUUAUUGUCGCAGAAUCAACUACACUGUAUCAAUCGCUUUGUAUGUAUCGCUCAUCGUAGGCAUGUCAAAAAACUACCAGGCUUCCACAUUUGCAUGAUAAAGGCCUGGUCACACAUUUUCGCGCGCUUUUCAGAAAACGAAAAUCAUUCGGGUAGCGUCCGGCGAAGUCCGAUAAUUGUCAUCCAAUCAGACAGUGAGCCGACUGUAGACCGAUUGCUCGACGUUGCGUUCCUCAGCAAUGUUGCUGUCCUAAACUGCGGGCUCAUUCCAUCGUACUCCGUCUUGUCGGAUAGGACUGCGAGAUCGAAGAAAUCGAAGAAGAAACAGAAGACUGAAGCACAAGGAGACAUGGGGGAUAGUAGUGACAGUGAGGAAUUUGAAAUAACUGACUUGGUUCAUCAAUUCAUGGUCGUCACUGGAGCUGAAGAUACCGUGGCGCUGAGCUAUUUACAACAGUCGAGUUGGAAUGUUGAGUCCGCGAUUAAUACGUUUUUUGACUCGCUUUUUGCCCGUGGAGGGCAUGGAAGCAAGGAAAACCCUGUACUGGUGUCUGAGCAUGGCGAUCAGUUAGCUUGCUCAUCUGGAAGUGGGACAGUGGAAAGGUGGAUUCACUGUCUUAUUUUAAGGUAUUCCUGCAAGUAUGGGCCAACUCAUGCAUACUUUAAUAUAUUACUUCUCAAGAACUCGUCGAUUAAAACAACAGAUGAACUUCAUUGUACAUAUUUCCAGUCGAGUAAAAUGGGACGACAUCUGCUUUGUCAACCAGUAAUGCACAAGAACAAGACUGAACUAAUUCUGAUGACUUCACACCUUGAGAGCACUGCACAGUGCAAAGGCGAACGGAAAAGACAAUUUGAACAAGUCUUAAUGAACAUGAAAGAGCAGCCACCACAAGCCACUGUAAUAUUUGGUGGCGAUACAAACCUCCGUGAUGCUGAGGUGUCGUCAGUUGGGGGAUUGCCAAGUGGGGUAGUGGAUGCAUGGGAGGAAUGUGGAAGGCCAGCAGAUUCCCAGUUCACCUGGGAUACGAGUAUUAAUGACAAUCUUGACUGGGCAUAUCCUAGGAAGCCAAGAAUACGGUUUGACAGGUUGUUUAAGAGGUCUGCACAAGGCACACAUGCCUUGAAGGCAACAAAAUUUGCAUUGGUAGGAAUGGAAAGGCUAGCAGGGUGUGGGAGGUUUCCUAGUGACCACUGGGGUGUGUGGUGCGAGUUCUCUCAAUCAAGUAAUGAGAAGUAGUCAGAUCAGGGGAAAAAAAAACUUUUGGGUUCAUGGUUAUCAGUCACCAAAAUCUGCCACAAUGGCAGAGUGCAAAGAACUCAUUAUGAAUAUAGAACUUGUCCUAGACCCAGGAGGUGGGGGGGACUCUCAUAUAAAAAAGACAGGGGUGCUCAUCGGAAAGUUUGUAAAGAACCCCUAACAGGUACCAAGAUCCUGCUUUGUGAGCGUGGCUUGAAUUUUUUUCACCCCGCAAGGGGUACCAAAUCUGAGACAAAAUUAAAUUCAGGUUAUAUUUCCUGUCAACUUUUUUUAAGCUCAAUACCCUAAAAGGUACUGCAAAAGCUCCCACUGUGGACCUUUUAAGGCUGAACACCUUAAGAGGAAUGAAAAUCGUUUCUUUAACACCUAACAGGUACAAACACCACUGUUCCUUUUACAUGGUAGUCCCCCCGGCCAGGGAUCCUAGACUGUGUUACUUAGUUGAUGUACUCUCUCCACACUUCAUGUUUACUCUUUCUGCCUGUUACAUGUACUAAACACCUCAGUGUUGUCAUAUUGCAUGUAACACCAUGCACAUUGCUCAGGAGCAGUGAAGAUGGGGUGGACAAGUAGUGGUUAAACCUUGUUAGUACAUGUACCUUUUACGCGCGGUUCAAACAUCGCACUUUUGCAUUAGAUUUGAGACGUGCUAGUUUGACAUCUGAAUCAAAGUCAAACUUUUGCCAUUCUAUUUGACUAUCAUAGUCAUAUAGCAGGGGCCAACCCAAAUACAAAUGUGAUAGUACAUGUAGCUGAUUCAGAUUUGGAACUUUACAUAUACCUAAUAGUGACAUAAGGAUUGGCUCAUUUGAAGUUUGACAUAAUUUUUUGAGCAGGACUGUAGAAUUAACAUUUUGUUGUGGUUUUGCAUGAACAGUGUUAGAGUUUUCCAUUUACAGGCAUGUGUACCAGUACCUACUGUAAGCUAGAAAAUUAUGUCACAUGUAAAUGCCCUGAUAUGAUGAAGUCUAGAUUUGACAUGCUUAUUUUGGGAUGUACUUCUUGGGGAAGAGCAUUUACUUCUUGAAACUAGCCGUAUCAAUAGUAAUUUGACUCAAUGCUAAAAUUAUUUGACAUUUUUAUUGGUAUUUCAACAUAGCAUACAUUGUGUACAUGCUGUGGUUCAAUUUCUUCCUUUGUUCUGGUAUGUGGUAAUAUAUUAAAAUGCACAUGAAACAAAGGAAAAUAUCAAAUUGUACCAAGGGUUACAUUGAACUACCACAUACACAUUCACUUGAAAGUGCCACUAAUUAUACAAUUUCCCAUUGGAAAACUGUAAGUUUCAAGGAAGUGGAAAACAAAGUUAUAGGAUGUUGGCUGUUUGUGCCUAAACCAGUGUAGUUCAUAUCUCAAAUCGGUUCAGCCAGCCUCAUGUUUGACAGCUGCAGAUAACACGUUUUCAAUUAAGUGUCGGAAGUAAUUGGGCAAUUACUUUGGUUGUGGUUUUACUAUGGUUUGAGAUUGGCUGAGUACUCUAGUAAGUAAUAAUAUUGCUUUGGUUUUAGUUUUACAACUCUCAAUUGAAAACUACUCUAUGGCUAAGUAAUUAAAACCGAAGCAAUGGUUACCAGUACAUCAUGGAAACAAAACUAAUCAAUUACAACUUAAGCCAAAAUCACAACACACAAAAUUAAAGGCUGUAAAAAGUAAUUGUUGUUCUAAAUUGACAUUAAACCUCCAACAAUUACAUUGUAUAAUUGAUUUGCUUUGACAACUCCCC